AUGAGGUAGUUAUUAGAAGAAUUAAAAAAAGAUGAUAAAUUAACAAUUUCUACUAUUGGCUUUUCUAUUUAAAACGAUUAUGAUGAAGUAGAAAAUAAGAUUACUAAAGAAAAAGAGAGAUAAAAUGUAGGAUAUAAAGUUAAAAAUUAAAUUUAAGUUAAAUCUUCUUAAUUAGAAAAGGGCGAAGAAGUGAUUUAAACUGCUAUUGAAAAUGGAUUUAAUACAGUUGAUUUUGUUUAAUACUCUCCUGAUGAUGAAUAAAUAUAAAAAGCUAAAAAAGAUCUAAUAAAUAAAGCAGUUAAAAAUGCUUAAAAAAAUGCACAAUUAAUUUCAAAAGGACUCUAAUAUAACGUUCAUAGUAUAAAAAGUUCUUCUAUUGAAAGUUAAUCAAUAAGAGGAUAGAAAAUGACUGUCAAUGUUAGAGUAGAAUUUAAUAUGAAAUAAGAAUGA